AUGUGGCCCUGGUUGGCAGUGGGAGCUCUGCAUGUGGGGCUGUGGGAAUUCACGGGAUUACUCGGCGUCUUCUUCAAAUUGGGGUGGAGUACUCGGCGUCUUCUUCACAUGAUUAUCAUUACAAAAGCUUGGCAAGCAAAGAGAGUGAGUGAGAGGGAGGACAUCGAAGCAAAAAGAGUGAGGCAUAUCCAUCAUCGUCCUCAAAAAUUUGAGGAUGAUGAACAACAAGUCCUUCAUCCUCAACUUAUCAACUGUGAGAUACCAGAUCAAUGUAUUGUUGAUAAUUUGAAAAUAGUUGGUUUUUAUGAUGUUGUUUUUGUAAGAGAAUUUCGGUUGAUCUCCGGUUUGAUAAAUGCAUUAAUUGAACGGUGGAGACCAGAAACUCAUACUUUUCAUCUUCCAUGUGGUGAAUAUACAAUCACUUUGGAGGAUGUGGCUUUACAACUCGGGGUUCCUAUAAAUGGAAUGGAAGUGGUGGGAAAUAUCGAUCUUGACGUGUUUGCAAUAUGUGAGCGUUACCUUGGGAAGGUACCAGACAAAGAUAUAGCAAAAGGGUCACAACUGAGAUUAUCCUGA